AUGGCUCCAGGAGUGAAGGAAAGGGAGGAAGGGCCAGCCAAGAGUGCCCUCCGGAAGGUACACACAGCCACCCUGGUCAUCAGCUUGGCCCGAGGUUGGCAGCAGUGGGCAAAUGAGAACACCACCAAGCAGGCUCGGGAGCCUACAGGCUGGCUGCCUGGAGGGACCCAGGACCCACCCCAACUUCCUAAACUGGUGAUACAUCCCACUCCCCUCCAGAAAGAUCAGAGUAUCCUAAAGUCUCCACCCCAAGAGCCCGAAGGAAAUGGAGAUGGACAAAGCCCAGACAGAGUCUCUGAGGUCUCCCACAUCAAAAGGAAAGAGGUGACCAAAACAGUCGUCAGCAAAGCUUAUGAACGAGGAGGGGAUGUGAGCCACCUCAGCCACAGGUACGAGGACGGGAACUUGCCUGAAUCUGCGCGGCCAGAAGAUGACAUUGACAGACUCCUCCAUGGCCAUGGCUCUCCGACUCGGAGGAGGAAGUGUGGCAGCCUGGUGUCUGAGCUGACCAGAGGCUGGAAAGAGAUGGAACAGGAAGAACCCAAGUGGAGAAGCGACAGCAUAGACACCGAGGACAGCGGCUAUGGAGGGGAGACAGAGGAGCGGCCUGAGCAGGAAGAACAGGUGACUGCAGUCAGAAUCAAGCGCCCCCUGCCCUCCCAGGCAAACAGAUUUACAGAGAAACUCAACUGCAAUGCCCACCGUAAAUACAGCCAAGUGGGCAACUUGAAAGGGAAAUGGCAACACUGGGCUGAUGAACACAUACAGUCUCAGAAGCUCAAUCCUUUCAGUGAAGAGUUUGAUUACCAGUUGGCCAUGUCCACGCGCCUACACAAAGGGGACGAGGGCUACGGCCAUCCCAAGGAGGGGAGCAAAACCGCCGAGAGGGCCAAGCGCGCGGAGGAGCACAUUUACAGAGAAAUUAUGGACAUGUGCUUCAUCAUCCGCACGAUGGCUCCCCACAGAAGGGACGGGAAGGUCCAGGUCACCUUUGGAGAUCUCUUUGACAGAUAUGUUCGCAUUUCAGAUAAAGUAGUGGGCAUUCUCAUGAGGGCUAGGAAACACGGACUGGUGGAUUUCGAAGGUGAAAUGUUAUGGCAAGGCCGAGAUGACCAUGUUGUGAUUACUCUACUAGAGUGA